AAAUACGGCUUUUUACCUACUUUUCGGCCUUCUCGAUCAGUGCAAUUGCUGCUGGGAGGCUACAGAGGCCAUUGGACACUUGUGCUGCCGUCGCUGUUUGAUAAAACUGUCAAGAUGACUCAUCAGUACCCAUCCCUGUCUACGGAGCAGAAGAAGGAGCUCUCUGACAUUGCUCAGAGGAUUGUAGCUCCAGGAAAGGGAAUCCUGGCUGCAGAUGAGUCAACAGGCACCAUGGGGAAGCGUCUCCAGAAAAUCAACGUGGAGAACAACGAGGAGAACCGUCGAACCUUCCGUGACAUCCUCUUCUCCUCCGACCCUUCCAUCUCUAACAGCGUGGGUGGUGUCAUCUUCUUCCACGAGACGCUCUACCAGAAAUCAGACAGCGGCAAGCUCUUCCCCCAAGUCGUCAAGGACAAGGGCAUCGUUGUUGGCAUCAAGGUGGACAAAGGCACAGCUGGUCUGAAUGGAACAGAUGGAGAGACCACCACACAAGGUCUUGACGGCCUCUCGGAGCGCUGCGCCCAGUACAAGAAGGACGGCUGCGACUUUGCCAAGUGGAGGUCUGUGCUCAAGAUCUCAGAUGGCUGCCCCUCAGCUCUUGCCAUCGCAGAGAACGCCAACGUCCUUGCCAGAUAUGCCAGUAUCUGCCAACAGAAUGGCCUGGUGCCUAUUGUGGAGCCAGAGAUCCUGCCUGAUGGAGACCACGACCUGCAGCGAUGCCAGUAUGUCACAGAGAAGGUGCUGGCUGCUGUGUACAAGGCUCUGUCUGAUCACCAUGUGUACCUGGAGGGCACCCUGCUGAAGCCCAACAUGGUCACCGCUGGACACUCCUGCACUAAGAAGUUCACCCCUCAGCAGGUUGCUAUGGCAACAGUGACCGCUCUGAGGCGCACCGUCCCCGCUUCGGUGCCCGGCAUCUGCUUCCUGUCUGGAGGCCAGAGUGAGGAGGAGGCCUCUGUCCACCUGAACGCCAUCAACCAGGUGCCCCUCCAUCGCCCCUGGAAGCUCACCUUCUCCUACGGCCGCGCACUCCAGGCCUCUGCUCUGGCAGCCUGGCAGGGCAAAGCCGCCAACAAGAAAGCUUCCCAGGACGCUUUCUGCAACAGGGCCAAGAUCAAUGGCCUGGCUGCUAAAGGAGAGUACAAGCCCACCGGCUCAGCUGACCAGUCCUCCAUGCAGUCUCUGUACACUGCCAGCUAUGUCUAUUAAAUACUGUGAACACCAAAAAAAGAAAAUUGCACAUGGACCAAAUAUGACUACAAGAAGUUCUUCUGCCGGUUCUACCACCAACGCCAGGGGAAGACUUCUCUCAUAGUGUUGAACUACUGUUUGUCUUCUUAAUGAAAUGACUGGAAAUGAAUUAAAAGACCAAAAAGUUUUUUGAAA